AUGGGAGAAUUCACCCCGAAGUUUGAGCGAGAUUUGGAAAGCCGCAGUACGGGCCCGAAGGCUCUUCCUACUGCUGGUGCUAUUGCCAUAAGAAAUGAAAAGGGUGAAAUAACAAUGCAAAAAGUGAAGGUGGUUCGAUAUAUGGCUGGGAAAGUACCAACAUAUGCCUUGGGAAAAAACGACUCAUCUGAUGGAGAGCAGAGUGAUGAGGAACAAGAGAAACCUCUUAAUGAUGCUUGGCAAAGGGAAACGAGACGCGCAACGGAUGUAAGUAAAGAAGAAGUAGGAGCAGCAUCGAGUUCAGAUGAUGAUGAAGAAGCGGAAAAAAGAAGGACGAGAGCAAGAUUACGACGAAUGCAAUUGGAAAUGCAAGAGGCUCCUAUUGAGGAAGAUGAACCUGACGAGGAUGAUGAGGAAGAAUUUGAAAGACGACGAGCUUUACUGAGAGCACGUGCUUUGAUCAAGGAAGAAGAAGAACUCAUAGGGAAGCAGGAAGAAGCAGAAGAAGAUGAAGAUAGUGAAGAAGAAUCAAGCGAAGAAGAAAGUGAAGAAAGCGAAGAUGAGACGGUCCCUAGAAUGAAACCUGUCUUCGUAGAAAAGAGUAAACGAAUAACAAAAAUAGAAGAAGAGAAGGAAAAAGAACGUGCCAAGAGGCAGCAAGCUGAGGAGCAAGAAAGGAAGGAAAGACGGAAGAAAGAAUCUGCAAAGUUAUUGGAAGAGGUUUUACGGCAUGAAGCAGAUAUGGAAAAAAGGAAGAAGGAAGAUAAUAUCGAUUUGACAUCAGUUGUGACUGAUGAUGAAAAUGAAGAAAUUGCAUACGAAAGUUGGAAGCUCCGUGAAAUGAAGCGAUUAAAGAGAAAUAAGGAGGAACGCGAUGCACUUGCACGAGAAAAAGCAGAAUUAGAUCGAAUACAUGGCAUGACAGAAGAAGAGCGCAAGCAGUAUUUAAGAAUGAAUCCAAAAGUUAUUACGAACAUGCAAAAGAAGGGGAAGUACAAGUUCCUUCAAAAAUACUUCCACCGUGGAGCAUUCUAUCUGGAUGUUGAAGACGAUAUAUUCAAACGAGAUUUCGCUGAGGCAACGCUUGACGACCAGUUUGAUAAGUCUGUGCUCCCGAAGGUUAUGCAGGUCAAAAACUUCGGGAAAGCUAGUCGUUCGAAAUGGACGCAUUUGACAGCAGAGGAUACGACUGAUCAUCAGGGUGCUUGGGCAGCUACGACUGCACUAAAUAGUAAAUUCCUCGUAAAACACGCCGGUGGUAUGAAAAAUAACUUUGAAAGGCCGGCUGCAAAAAAGCGAAAAACUGACGUGUAAUCCACUUGGUGUUGUUCUGUUAUUAUUUACAGAAUUUGUCAGUUUAUAUGCAUUUUUGUUUUUGUUUAUAUGAAAGAUACAACUGUCGAUAUUCCGUUAUGAUCGAUCGUUCACUGUUACUAUAAAUUGAAAACGCAUGUUUUCUGGGUUCUGCGUUUAUCAGUCUUAAAACUAUUGGUUGAUUCAUCUCAAAUUAUGUGAAAAGGAAACAGAGGUGGUGGAGAACAUUGGGUCACUGGUCAGCAUUAUAUCUUAUCCCUUUUUCAUGCAGUUUGUGAAGAUAAACCUGUUUCUCUUCUUUCCGUUUAAAUUUCACGCCGAAUUUUUGCUUUCUUAAGUGUAGUAAACAAAUGCAACAAGUAA